UGUUCUGUUUUAAUGGCGGUUGUCGUGUCUGUUCAUCAUCCUUAUGCAACCCACUUCUCUGAAAACUUUAAUCCUCCUAAACUUCACUUGAAAUUCAAUAAGUCUCGCCUGAGCUUUAAUCAUCUUACUCAGACAAACAAGCACCAUCUCCGUUGCUUAUCUGCCAAAUCGACGCCUUCGAGUCCAGUCCCUGAAUCUCCUCAAGAUGGUGAAGAGCAGGAGAGUGUGGGAGUCAAAGCAGCUUUAGCAAUGCUGAGAUUCUACAAGAGGGAGAUAUCGCCGGUGUUACCUAGAAGCUGCCGUUACGUUCCAACUUGCAGCGAGUAUUCUAUGGAAGCUUACAAAAAAUAUGGAGUUCUCAAAGGCACUGUUCUCACCACUUGGCGUCUCUGCCGCUGCAAUCCUCUUGGUGGAUCUGGAUUCGAUCCUCCAAGAUGGUUUGGUGAGAGUAAGAUCACUCCCCAGGCAGCAGAAGAAGAAGAUAGUUAUAGCAACGAGGAUGAAAGAGAGAUUUGAAUGAAAUAUAAAAGAGCAAUAGAAGUUGUAAACUUUAAGAAAAGCUAGCAUAGUUUGUUGUAACUAGGAGAGAAUUAAGAAUUACAACAUUUGUAAUCAAAAAUAUUUGAUAUUUUGGAGCGAUUCAUUAAGUAGACAAAUCUUGAAAUUGCCAUGGGUUGAA